AUGAAUUGCCUUGCAGAUUGUAGGCAGGGUAACCAACCAGGGCCAGCCAAAGCCAACCUUCUGCUGGUCAUCAACACUUCCCUGAUCCUUCCUUUUACUCAGUUUCAUUUCACCAUGCUCAGAGCAUUCCUGCUGCUGUGUGUUGCCUUGGUGUUCCUUGGGCUUGUGCAUGGAGCUAUUUUGAGAAACAAAGAAAAAUGGAAGCCACUCAACAAUCCUAGGAACCGGGAUCUGUUUUUCAGAACCCUUCAAGCAUAUUUUAAGGGAAGAGAUCUUGAUCUUGGGAGAUUUUCAAAUACUUUUUCCGUGAGUGAGAAUCCCAGACCUCUCUCUUUCCAGUCAGAGCUUAUUGCUUCUGCAUUUGCAGAUUUUGAACAGAAAAACUCCUUCCCAAUUAACAAAGGCUGA